UGCAAGAGGAGAGAAGAUACCAAGCUGCCAGGUCCCCAAACACACCUCAGAGCCUUUGCUCAUGCCGUCCCCUCUGUCAGUUCCCACGCCCUACGUGCUCCGCGCCAUCUGGCGAGUGCUUCCACAUCCUUCAAGUAUCUUGUCCAGUGUCCCCUCCCUCCCUGCGCCUCUACAGUGUUCUGUCCAUCCUUCCAUUAGAGCCCUGAUCCCUGGCACAGUGUUUCUGUUUACUGAUCGAUUGAUUUGAUUUGAUUUUUGCACAGCGCUUAAAACCACCUUUGCUUUCACACUCCCUCUGGCCUCCCUGUCCCGCAAGAUCCCCAGCCCCUGGAGGACUCAGACCAGGUCCCACCUCACUCUGGCAGAAAGAAAUGAAUCCACCACAAAGGGGUCAUAAGACCUGUCCCGUUAAGGAUCUAUGGUGGGGCUUAGCUGAAGGUAGGGAGGCUGAAGGCUGAGUGAGAUGCAGGGAGCCGCAAGUGGGGGGAGGGAGGGGAGGGCUAUGGAGAGGUGAGGGCACCGUAGUGAAGGAAGCACAGUGGGGGCCUCCUUGGCAGCCUGGGUGGAGAGCAGGAGGUGCUGAGCUUCCAGGGAGGGUGUGAUCUAGCUGCCACUUGUGCUUUUUUUAUUUUUUUAAUAUAUCUUCUUUUUUUUUUCGGCCAUACGGGGAGGCUUGUGGGAUAUUAGCUCCCGGACCAGGGCUCUAUCGACCCAGGCCCACAGCAGUGAAAGCGCCGAGUCCUAACCACUGGACCGCCAGGGAAUUCCCCAGACAGUCGUGAUUCAAUGAGUGAGUCAGUAAAGGAAUGAAUGAGGGAUCCAAAGAGAGGAGGGUGAUGUGGGAGAACCAAAUUUACCUUCUACAGUGAACUUUCUCUGGCAGCAGGAAGGGGUGGACACAGAGACAGAUGCCCACACACACUACUCCCCGCCCAGCCACCACCUGGAGUUUCAUAGCUGAGAUGGGCUGAAGGCAGCACACUGGGCCCAGAAGGGACCAGGGGACUGGGUCACUGCUCCUCUACCCUGGGAGGGGGCUGACUGGAUGCCCCGGGCCCAGGGCCAAGCUUCCUGGCUGCUGACUCAGGCCCCGCUGGCCAGCUCAGCAUUCCUGCCCUCCCCACUGAAUUGGGGCUAUUGAAGCUCUUUGUAGGGGGGUUAGGCCACUGGUCACGCCCCCAACCAGAGCCUUCGCUGGGCUGAGGCUCUGCUCUUGGGGGGGGCGCACAGGCCCUGAGGUGGUCAGUCUGACAGUGCUCUGGCCACCAGCUGCUACUCUGGGGGUGUCUGGGACCGAGGACAAUCCUGGGUAAGCUGGCUAGGCUGGCAUCAGAGAGGGGAGCCCAGGGAAAGGGAAUUGCCCUGACCCUUAGGACAGAAGACCCUGGGAUGGUGACCCUGCUUAUGACCCCCGGCUUGGGGAGGGGUCUGUCUCUUUCCAUAGGCCACAGUGUGUAGGUGGGGUGCUGCAGGGGCUCUGUGGGUUGUCCUGCCAGCCCCAUCAGACUGGAGCGUCCCUAAGGCAGAGUGGUUUCCCCAUCAGACUGAGGCCAUCACAGGGUAUAGGCUGGGUCUCCCCCAUAAGAUAGGGACAGGGGUGGUUUGAAGCGUUGCCUAUCAGACCCAGAGUUCCCCAUGCCCGGUCUUUGUCCUCCUUAGUGUUUAACUUGGGAAUCCUAUCUGGAGAACAGCCUCAGCCUGUGCUGGUGGGUCCCAGCAAAGCCAGGGACUAGCUGACCCCAGAAGAACCAACGCUUCUCUAGAUAAAGCGCCUCCACCCCGUCCCACCUCCUCCCCUCCUUUUUCCCCAAAGCCAGGAUCUUCCCCCCCAAGCCCUGGCUGCAUGGGCCUACACCUGUCAGAUGUGCUUUUUCAGCUAUGGGGGAGAGCCGGGAGCCAUGAAGCCAGUGAGGGCUGUCACUCUUUGGUGGGUGCUACUGCUGGUGUCCAGGCUGGGGGCCACCAGGAAGGAAUCCCUAGAAGAGGCCUCCUUCUACUAUGGAACCUUCCCACUUGGCUUCACCUGGGGCGUGGGCAGUUCCGCCUUCCAGACUGAGGGUGCCUGGGACCAGGACGGGAAAGGGCCCAGCAUCUGGGACACCUUCACGCACAGUAGGAAAGGGAAUGUGCUUGGGGAGGAGACUGCAGACGUGGCCUGUAACGGCUACUACAAGGUCCAGGAGGACGUCGCUCUGCUGAGGGAGCUGCACGUCAGCCACUACCGGUUCUCCCUGUCCUGGCCCCGGCUCCUGCCCACGGGUGUGCGAGCUGACGGGGUGAACAAGAAGGGAAUCCAAUUCUACAGUGACUUCAUUGACGCCCUUCUGAACAGCAACAUCACCCCCAUCGUGACCCUGCACCACUGGGAUCUCCCACAGCUGCUCCAGGUCAACUAUGGCGGGUGGCAGAACGUGAGCACGGCCAACUACUUCAGUGAUUACGCCAGCCUAUGCUUCGAGGCCUUUGGGGACCGGGUGAAGCACUGGGUCACUUUCAGUGACCCUCGGGUAAGCAAGGCCCCCCUCCAGGUGGGAAAACCCACUUUCCAGGCAGGAGUGUACCCUGUCAUUUCUCACGGGUCCUGUGGUCCCCACUUGCCAUCCCUGCAGACAAUGGCAGAAAAAGGCUACGAGAUGGGCCACCACGCACCUGGACUGAAGCUCCAUGGCACGGGCCUAUACAAGGCGGCACAUCACGUCAUUAAGGCCCAUGCCCAAGCCUGGCACUCCUACAACAACACGUGGCGCAGCAAGCAGCAAGGUCUGGUGGGGAUUUCAUUAAACUGCGACUGGGGGGAACCUGUGGACAUUAGUAACCCCAAGGACAUAGAGGCUGCCGAGAGAUACCUACAGUUCUGCCUGGGCUGGUUUGCCAACCCCAUUUACGCCGGUGACUACCCACAAGUCAUGAAGGACCAUAUCGGAAGAAAGAGUGCAGAGCAAGGCCUGGAUAUGUCGAGGUUACCGGUGUUCUCACUCCAGGAAAAGAGCUACAUUAAAGGCACAUCUGAUUUCUUGGGAUUAGGUCAUUUUACGACUCGGUACAUCACAGAAAGGAACUACCCCUCUCGCCAGGGGCCCAGCUACCAGAACGAUCGUGACCUAGUUGAACUGGUUGACCCAAACUGGCCUGAUCUGGGGUCUAAAUGGCUACAUUCCGUGCCAUGGGGAUUUAGGAGGCUUCUCAACUUUGCUCAGACUCAAUACGGCAAUCCACCCAUAUAUGUGACAGAAAAUGGAGCAUCUCAAAAACUACACUGUACCCAAUUAUGUGAUGAGUGGAGAAUUCAAUACCUUAAAGGAUACACAAAUGAAAUGCUAAAAGCUAUCAAAGAUGGUGCUAAUAUAAAAGGGUAUACUUCCUGGUCUCUGUUGGAUAAGUUUGAAUGGGAGAGAGGAUACUCAGAUAGAUAUGGAUUCUACUAUGUCGAUUUCAACAAGAAAAAUAGGCCGCGCUAUCCAAAGGCUUCAGUUGAAUAUUACAAGAAGAUUAUCACUGCCAAUGGGUUUCCCAAUCCUCAAGAGGUGGAAAGUUGGUACCUCAAAGCCUUGGAAACUUGCUCUAUCAACAACCAGAUGCUUGCUGCAGAGCCUUUUCUAAGUUACAUGCAGAUCAUGACGGAGAUCAUGGUACCUACAGUCUGUACCCUCUGUAUACUAAUCGCUGCAGUUCUCCUGAUGCUUCUGCUGAGGAGCCUGAGCUGAGACAGGGUCAUCCAUUUGGUAGCUGCAU